AUGCUGAUCAGGCCCUCCCUGGAUCUGCCGUCCUCCGGGGCAAGCCACUGGUUCCUGGUCUUCAUGGCGGUAGUCUUCUUGGUGGGGUCUGGAUGGAGCUGUCCUUUCAGGUGCAAGUGCUUGCUUCAGGAGAAGGUUGUCCUCUGCAACAGCAGGAACUUGACAGCUGUGCCUGCCAGGAUCCCUCCGGAUUCAGAAUUCCUGGACUUAAGCCAAAACGUCCUCCGCACCCUACAUCAGGGCAUGUUCUCCCGUCUCCAAGCCCUGAAGGAGCUGGACCUCAGUUCUAACAUCAUCUCCAAUAUUGAACAGGGAGCCUUCAAUGGCCUUCAGAAGAUCAUGACGCUCCGGCUUGCGGGCAACAAGUUGAAGAUGGUAGCAGACGGGGUCUUUACAGGGCUGCCCAACCUCUCCACACUUGACCUGAGUGAAAACAAGAUCCUCAUCUUCUUGGAUCACUCUUUCAAAGACCUCUUCAGUCUUGGGAAUCUGGACAUACGAGACAACCCUUUGGUCUUGAUUUCAAGCCAGGCUUUCAGAGGCCUCCAAAAUCUGCGGCAGCUCGCUCUGCAAAAAUGCAAUUUCACCAGCCUGCCAACGGAGGCCCUCUCCCACCUUCACCAUCUGGCGAAGCUUCAUCUCAAAGUCCUCCACCUCAGAGUCCUCCACAAUUAUUCCUUUCGGAAGCUCCAUCAGUUAAAGAUUCUGGAGAUCAACCAGUGGCCUUUCCUGACAACGUUGGAGCCUCACAGUCUCUCUGGCUUAAAUCUCACUUCCUUAUACAUUAUCAAAUGCAGCCUCCGUGAUGUUCCUUAUAAAGCCAUCAAGCACCUGGCCCAUCUCCGUUUCCUGGACCUCUCUUACAAUCCCAUCUCUAUGAUCCGUGGAAGGAAGUUGCUGGAUCUCUCCCGUCUUCAGGAGUUCCACCUUACUGGUGGCCAACUGACCACCAUCCAAGCCAAUGCUUUUGAAGGCCUCAUCCAUUUCCGUCUCCUCAACGUCUCAGCCAACAAUCUGCAGACCCUCGAAGAAAGGGUCUUCCACUCAGUGGGGAACCUGGAGGUCCUCCGGCUGGACAAAAACCCCUUGGCGUGCGACUGCCGCCUUCUUUGGAUCAUCAAGAGGCGGCAAAGGUUGAACUUUGAGUCUCAGCUGCCCAUCUGUGCCACCAGCUCAGAAGAAGGAGAAAAACUCUUCCAUAAAUUCUCCAGCGCUCUGCCACACCACUUCACCUGUCGGAAGUCUAAGAUCGAGAACAAGACGCUCCAGAAAGUGAUUGUCAAUGAAGGGGAGCAGGCCAACUUGACUUGCAACAGUGAUGGAGAUCCACCCCCCAGGAUUUCCUGGGUGAACCCUCAAAACAUCACCUUAGACUCAACCCGCAAAGGCCGGACAACAGUCCUUUCCGAUGGGACUCUAAAGAUUCAGUACGCCCUACCCGAAGACAGUGGGCUGUACCGUUGUGUGGCAAGCAACGUGGCGGGCAACGAUUCCAUGGUAGCUUCUCUCCACGUCUUCGUGCCUUGGUUCAACCAGUCCCUGGUCUGGAAUGACUCCAGUCUGCGCAAUAAGACUGGGAUCUCCUCUCUCUUCUUCAUCAACACCAGCAUCUGGCUGGGGAUCCUGGUCAUCGGGAUUGUCCCCUUUCUGUGCUCCGUCCUGGUCUGCUUCCUCUUCAUCUUCCUCUGCAGCAAAGGCAGAGGGAACGUCACCCACCAGGUGAUCGAGGCCGAGCCCCGUUCCUCCCGAGGGUACAAGGCUAUCCUGAGCAAGCGAAGGACGGCACCGAGAAAGCCAAGGUGA